CGUCAGAAAGCAGCUCGGGAAGAGCUACUACUAAAUUUGAAAAUGUUCAUUUUUCCGGCCUGUCUUGUAAAUGUGUCUCUACCUCUAGCGUUCUUGUCUUGCACGAAAGAGCAGUUCCGCUUUCUAUUGCGCACUCAAGCCAAGGAGCUAAAUAAGGGAAGACCACAGCGGAAACUAGCAGAUGGGUGGGUAGACAAGGCAGUCAAAGUAGGACUCGCUUGUUUCGUCCGUUCGGCUCGUACAGUUCUUGCUUUCAAGGCUCAGGUGGGCCGCUUAGACCGGGUAUUCCGACAACAGAAGAAUUGCCAACAAAAGAAGAAGCAGAUAAGAGAGCAAGAUUCGUUCAAAGGGAAGAGCUUCUUCUCUCCGUCUGGGGUUCUGGCUGAGGCCUUAGUCGGGCAAAUUUCCAGAGGGAUUAGGCGAGGACUGUCACGUAUCGAAGGGGAAGAGAGCAUAGCAAUAGGACUAAGAGAAGGCCAAUCCCCUGCUGUUGGAAGGUUUGCGGGAAGAAUUGGACAAGAUGUGAAAGUUACUCUUCGAGAAUGCCUUACUUCAUCCGCAGCAAGAGAAGUUGCUCUUUUCGUCUUAUCCGCUGUUCUCUUAUUCUUAGACUAG